ACUGUAGAAAGCUUGCAUACAAAUUUUGUACUCACUGUCAUAUGAUAAGUUUAGCCAAAACAAAUACAUGUCCGUGCAUCAGUCUAUUAGAUUUCAGUGUUUCUCAUGGCUAAUCGAACUUUAAAAGAUGUUAAAUCUAUUCACCAAACCAACCCUCAGUAUUUAGUUGAGAAAAUUAUUCGUGGUAGGAUUUAUGAAUCGCGGUUUUGGAAGGAAGAUUGCUUCGGCAUCAACGAGGAAUCUCUUGUUGACAAAGCUACUGAAUUGAAGUAUAUUGGCGGUAUUUAUGGUGGAAAUAUCAAGCCAACACCAUUUAUGUGCCUAAUUUUAAAAAUGUUACAAAUUCAACCUCAUAAAGACAUCACAAUCGAGUUUAUAAAACAACCUCACUUCAAAUAUGCUCGUGCCUUGGGUGCUUAUUACUUGAGACUGACUGCUGUCUCACUUGAUGUUUAUAAAUAUUUAGAACCAUUAUAUGCUGAUUAUAGAAAAUUACGCUACAUUGAUAGAAUGGGCAAAUUUUCAAUAAUACAUAUGGACGAGUUCAUUGAUAUGCUGUUGAGGGAAGAUAGAGUCUUCGAUGUCAUUCUUCCAAGGAUUAAGGCACGCAGGAUUCACGAAGAAAAUGAUGAAUUAGGACCAAGGGAAAGUUUAUUAAAAGAAGAGUUGGAUGUUGAUACCGACGAGGAUGAAGAUGAAGAUGAAAGUGAGACCGAGGAAAACAGUUCAACACAUAAAAAAGAUCAGGAAAAGAAACACAGCACCAAUGUACGAGGAGAAGAUUCUCACAGUAGAGAUAGAUCAUCGUCUCGUGAUCGAGAUAAUAAGAGGAAACGAAAAAAGGAAUGGGAACGAGGUACCGAUGGUGGUCGAGAUCGAGAUCGAGAUAGAGAAAGAGAGCGUGACCGUGAUCGAGACCGAUAUAGGGAUAGGGAUAGAGGUUAUGAACGCGAUAGAGAUAGAGAUAGAGAAAGGGACAGAGAUAGGGACCGAGGCCGAGAUCGAGAGCGAGAUCGAGAGCGAGAUAGACAUAGAGAGCGAGAUAGAGGUAAUGAUCGUGAUAGGGAUAGAGGUAGAAAUAGUGAAAAAGAUUAUGCAAGAGCUGAUAAAAGUUCUAAACAUUCAAAACGAGAUGAAAACAAAGGUGGUUCCAAAACUGUUCAAGACGAAAUCGAUGAAGCUAAUGCUCUCAGAGCUAAACUUGGACUGGCUCCUUUGCGUCCUUGAUUGUCUCAAUAUUUUGCUGAAUUUAUUAGUCAAAUCAUACUUUUACUUGAUUCAUUUUUGUUUCCAUAUGAUUCCAACCCCUUGUAUAUCUAAUGUGACAUCAUUAUGUAUAGACCUCAUACCUUAAUCAACAAUUUAUGAAUAAAUAAGUUUGAAUAAAUA